GCCCUGAGCGUCACAACUCAGCUUCCGUUUUCUUCUCGGCUCCAGCCCCGCUCCGCCAUCACCGAGUCCCGGACGCACAACACCGAAUGGGAUCGGAGAAAAAGAAAAUGUCAAAAUCGGAGAUGAGAUCGACACCAACGUAAUGACAGCUUAUAGCGAUAAGCGGAGGGGACAAGUUUGCAAUUCAUGCUCCAGUAUUUUAUUAUUAUCUUCCCCUGCACCGCUAGCAUCCAAGCUAACGUUUAGCUCGAACUAACCACUGAUUUUCAUUGGGAAGAUCGCUCCGCUGUCGCCACCUCCGCUAGCCGGCUAGGAUACCCUCGGCUAGCCCGUUAAACUACCCCCAGCUAGCCUGCUAGGCUACCUUGUAGACGUCACUCCACUAGCCUGCUAAGCUACCUUGCAGCUAGCGGGCUGAUAAACGGACACAUAACGGAUGCUGCGCUGUGCUAGCCGGGGUAGCCAACCGAUAGAUAAUAGAUAAUCGAUCAUGGCGAGGACACUGAUUCAGAGCCAGGAUGGACGGACUGCGGCGGGUUGGUUUUGAAUAAACCUGAGAAAGACGAGGACAGAAGCCGCAGGGAGACCAGACUCUUCUCACCCAGGCCGGUUAGCUAGCCCCGGCUAGCUACAGUGGAUACCAUAAGCCACGGCGCUGGCAAUGCCCACGAGUGUCCGGGCUGGAAGCCUGAAGGACCCGGAGGUGGCGGAGCUCUUCUACAGAGACGACCCCGAGAAGCUGUUCACAGACCUCCGGGAGAUCGGCCACGGGAGCUUUGGAGCUGUCUACUUUGCGCAUGACAUCCGCACCAAUGAGGUCGUGGCCAUCAAGAAGAUGUCCUAUAGCGGCAAGCAGUCCAACGAGAAAUGGCAGGACAUCAUAAAGGAGGUGAAGUUCCUCCAGAAGUUGAGACAUCCCAACACGGUGGAGUACCAUGGAUGUUACCUGAGGGAACACACUGCAUGGCUGGUGAUGGAGUACUGCCUGGGGUCUGCCUCCGAUCUGCUGGAAGUCCAUAAGAAGCCCCUACAGGAAGUGGAGAUUGCUGCCAUUACCCAUGGUGCAUUGCAGGGUCUGGUCUACCUGCACUCACACAACAUGAUUCACAGGGAUGUGAAGGCAGGUAACAUCUUGCUGACCGAGCCAGGUCAGGUGAAGCUUGGAGACUUUGGCUCCGCCUCCAUCUGUGCCCCGGCCAACUCCUUUGUGGGAACGCCUUACUGGAUGGCCCCGGAGGUGAUCCUGGCCAUGGACGAGGGCCAGUACGACGGCAAGGUGGACGUGUGGUCCCUAGGCAUCACGGCCAUAGAGCUAGCGGAGAGGAAGCCUCCGCUGUUCAACAUGAAUGCUAUGAGUGCCUUAUACCACAUAGCCCAGAACGAGAGCCCUAUCCUGCAGUCCAGCCACUGGUCCGAUUAUUUCCGGAACUUUGUGGAUUCCUGCCUGCAGAAGAUCGCUCAGGACCGACCUACCUCUGACGUGCUGCUCAAGCAUCACUUCUUGUGCAGGGAGCGUCCCGUUACCGCGGUGAUGGACCUGAUCACCCGGACCAAGGAGGCGGUGCGGGAGCUGGACAACCUGCAGUACCGCAAGAUGAAGAAGAUCCUGUUCCACGAGGUCCACAACGGACCAGCGCCCGAGGGGGCGGAGGAGGAGGAGGACGCGGAGCAGUACAUGCUGCGUACGGGGACGGUCAACAGCAUGGAGAGCUCCCAUUCGCUGCCCAGCAUGUCAAUCAGCGCCAGCUCCAAGAGCAGCUCCGUCAACAGCCUGGCGGACGGGUCGGACGACAGCGGGGAGAUGGUUAUGAUGGGGGAGGGGGAGCACACCGUCACCUCCAACAGCUCCGUCCUGCACAAACCACUGAGCCAUGACAACAUCUACGAUGACCCCUAGCCGGAGUUGGACUCUCAGCGGGACGCCCUGUCCUUGGUGGGGGUCGGGGGAGGCGGGGGGAGGUGGUUGGGGGCGGAGGGGGAGGUGGAGGAGGGGGCGGAGGAGGGGGGGAGGCGGAGGCGAGGGCGGGACCACUUCGCCACCAUCAGAACGGCCAGCCUGGUGACCCGGCAGAUCCAAGAACACGAGCAGGGGUCGGCUCUGAGGGAGCAGAUGUCAGGGUACAAGCGCAUGCGGCGGCAGCACCAGAAGCAGCUGAGUCUGGAGAACAAGCUGAAGUCUGAGAUGGACGAGCACCAGCUGAGGCUGGACAAGGAGCUGGAGGGGCAGAGGGGCAGCUUCUCUGGGGAGGGGGACAAGCUGACCAAGAAGCACCAUGCCAUCCUGGACAAGGAGAUGAAGGCUGCGCUGGCCGAGGAGAAGAAGUUCCAGCAGCACAUCCUGACCCAGCAGAAGAAGGAGCUCACCGGCCUCCUCGAGUCCCAGAAGAGGCAGUACCGCCAACGCAAGGACCAGCUCAAAGAGGAGCUGAACGAGAACCAGUCCACGCCGAAGCGGGAGAAGCAGGAGUGGCUGGUGCGGCAGAAGGAGUGUCUGCAGCAGAUGCAGGCGGAGGAGGAGGCGGGGCUGCUGCGGCGCCAGCGGCAGUACUACGAGCUGCAGUGCCGCCAGUACAAGAGGAAGAUGCUGCUGGCGCGGCACAACCUGGAGCAGGACCUGCUCAGAGAGGACCUGAACAAGAAGCAGACGCUGAAGGACCUGGAGUGCGCCAUGCUGCUGCGGCACCACGAGUCCACCCAGGAGGUGGAGUUCCGGCAGCUGGGCCUGGUGCAGCGCACGCGGGCGGAGCUGAUCCGCACGCAGCACCAGACGGAGCUCACCAACCAGAUGGAGUACAACAAGAGGCGGGAGCAGGAGCUGAGGCAGAAGCACGCCGUGGAGGUCCGGCAGCAGCCCAAGAGCCUGAAGUCCAAAGAGCUGCAGAUCAAGCGUCAGUUCCAGGACACGUGUAAGAUCCAGACACGGCAGUACAAGGCCCUCAGGAACCACCUGCUGGAGACCACGCCCAAGGCCGACCACAAGGCCCUGCUCAAGAGGCUGAAGGAGGAGCAGACCCGCAAGCUGGCCAUCCUGGCCGAGCAGUAUGACCACUCCAUCAACGACAUGCUCUCCACGCAGGCUCUGCGGUUGGACGAGACCCAGGAGGCCGAGUACCAGGUGCUGCGCAUGCAGCUGCAGCAGGAGCUGGAGCUGCUGAACGCCUACCAGAGCAAGAUCAAGAUGCACAGCGACUCCCAGCACGACCGCGAGGUGAAGGACCUGGAGCAGCGCGUGUCGCUGCGGCGCGCGCUGCUGGAGCAGAGGAUCGAGGAGGAGAUGCUGUCCCUGCAGAACGAGCGCUCCGAGCGGAUCCGCUCCCUCCUGGAGCGCCAGGCGGGAGAGAUCGAGACCUUCGACUCGGAGAGCCUCCGGCUGGGCUUCAGCGGCAUGGCGCUGGGCUCCACCCCCACGCCCCCCCACGCCUCGCGCUCCGGCGGCGGCCACUGGAGCCACGCCCCCCCGCCCCCGCACCACCUGCGGCGGGCCGGGGGCGGGGAGGUGAGGGGGGGCGGGGGGGAGCCGGCGGCGGUGGUGUCGUCCCUCAGCGUGGCGCUGGGCCUGGCCCGGGAGGGGCGGGAGGCCCGGGAGGGGCGGGAGCACCACCACUCGUCCCGCUCCUCUGCCUCCUCCUCCUCGUCCUCCUCCUCUUCCUCCUCCCAGCGGCAGUACUACCACCACCAGAGCACGCCGCAGCUCUACCGCGAGCGGCAGCGCGACCGCGAGCGCGAGCGCGAGCGGGAGAGGGACCGGGAGAGGGAGAGGGUGGGCGGGGGGGGAGGGAGCGCGCUGGUCCACCCCCACCCUCACCCCUUCUCCCAGCACCUCCCCUCUCGCUCCUCCUCCCAGUCCCUGGCCAUGCUCCCCCCCCCUCCCCCCGCGCCGCCCUCCUCCUCCUCCUCCUCCUCCUCCUCCUCCCAGGGGGGCGUGUACGGGGGAGCGGGGGGGCUGGCCGUGCGGGGCGCCCCCAGCCUGAUGGCGCUGAGGAACAGCCCGCAGCCCCUGAGGAGGACGGCCUCUGGGGGGGGCCCCGGGGGAGGGGGGGGGGCCCGACGGGGUCCUCAGCCGGAGCACCUCGGUGACAUCACACAUCUCCAACUCCCACCUGUCCUACUCCUAGACUGACAGACGGACGGACGGACGGACGGACGGACGGACGGACGGACGGACGGACGGACGGACGGACGGACGGACGGAUGGACGGACGGACGGACGGACGGACGGACGGACGGACGAAUGACAGACGGACGGACGGACGGACGGACGGACGGACGGACGGACGGACGGACGGACGGACGGACGGACGGACGGACGGACGGACGGACGGACGGACGGACGGACGGACGGACGGACGGACGGAUGACAGACGGACAGAAGGACGGACGAAUGACAGACGGACAGAAGGACGGACGGACGGACGGACGGACGGACGGACGGACGGACGGACGGACGGACGGACGAAUGACAGACGGACAGAAGGACGGACGAAUGACACAACGACGGACAGAAAGACAGACGGACAGACGGACGGACGGAUGGACGGACGGACGGACGGACGGACGGACGGACGGACGGACGAAUGACAGACGGACAGAAGGACGGACGAAUGACACAACGACGGACAGAAAGACAGACGGACAGACGGACGGACAGACGGACGGACGGACGGACGGACGGACGGAUGGACGGACGGACGGACGGACGGACGGACGGACGGACGGACGGACGAAUGACAGACGGACAGAAGGACGGACGAAGACACAACGACGGACAGAAAGACAGACGGACAGACGGACGGACGGACGGACGGACGGACGGACGGACGGACGAAUGACAGACGGACAGAAGGACGGACGAAUGACACAACGACGGACAGAAAGACAGACGGACAGACGGACGGACGGACAGACGGACGGACGGAUGGACGGACGGACGGAUGGACGGACGGACGGACGGACGGACGGACGAAUGACAGACGGACAGAAGGACGGACGAAUGACACAACGACGGACAGAAAGACAGACGGACAGACGGACGGACGGACGGACAGAAAGACAGACGGACGGACGGACGGACGGACGGACGAAUGACACAACGACGGACAGAAAGACAGACAGACGGACAGACGGACGGACGGACGGACGGAAAGACAGACGGACGGACGGACGAAUGACACAACGAUGGACAGAAAGACAGACAGACGGACGGAAAUGAAGACAGGCUGACAAGGGACCGACAAAUGGCCGAAAUCUACUGACAGGUCGACCGACCGCCGGACAGAUUGACGGACAGGAGGACAGCGAGACAGAGGGGAGAGAGAGAGAGAGACUGAGGGUGAACAAAGGGUUCAGAGCCGGCCCCCGCGGCAGCACGUCCUCCGGUGAAACACACCGACUGCUUCCCGACGGCUCAGCUUCCUCUCUGAGGCCCCGCCCCCUCUACGCGUGGCCUUGCCUCCUCCGCCUCCCUCCGUCUCCAAGACGACAGGACGGUGGUUUUAUGAGCUCUGAGGGGAGGGGGAGGAGCCAUCUUGUCUUCUGGACUCAGGACCGAGCGGUUGAACGCGGGUGCGUUCUAUUUAUUCUGCCUGUGUAAAGUUGAGAUGUGGGGCAUGAGGGGUGGAGUGGUGAGGCCACCUCUCCUUGUAUGAUGUUCUGGUCGGAGCGGAGAGAGAGAGAAGUGCGAGCAUCCUGCUUUGUGUAUCCGUAUGUGUAUGUGAAGUCCCACUGGUUGUAGCCAGUUCUCAGACGGCCCUGACCCCCGUUUCUAUUCAGUUACAAACAUUAUCUGUUGAUGUUUUUGUUGAUUUCUUUUGUAUUAAGUUCAAAGAAAAAAACCACAAGUUGCUUGGUACAUCACCAAUGCCUUUAAGGGGUUCUUAAAGGGACGGUUGGGCUGGGGGGGUGAGCAACAGCGUUUAAAUGAAAUACCAACACAAAGAAUGUUUGUAAAGAGACUCUUAUAUUCUAGAACAACAACUCCAAUCCUGAGUAAAGACUUUAACAUCAUAUUGAAGAAAAAAAAAACUGUUGCGUACGGGACCUCGUGUCCUUGGGAAUCACUUGAUGCAUGAAGUAGAUGUACUACGAAAAACAUUUGUGAUCAUGAGUAAAACGUUAGAACAUGUACGGUACUGCUAGAUCGCCAUCACCUCUCACACGUUCAACUCAACUGUAAAUACUUACGGGAAUAUUUAAAAAAACAAGCAUUGGUUUUAUAUAGUUACGAAGAGGAUAGUAAUUUUGAUAUAUUCAAACGAGUAUUCAAUUGAACAUUUAGAGAAAGAAGUCCAACAGCAUUUUCUAUAGGUGUCAACAUUACCGUGACUAAUCCUAACGUAUGUGUUGUUGUAAUCAAAAUCAAACUCUUUAAGUCGGCGCAGGAAAAACUGGAAAAAAUGUAAUCUAGUGAUAAAAAUGUUGCCACUUACGGCGUCUGUGUCAAGUAUUCACUGUUUGAUGAGAAGUGACGACGCUAGGAUGUAUACAGGCAGACGAAAAGCGAACAGCCGUCCUGCCACACGGGGGCGCCAAUCUGUCCUGAGAAUCACUCCAACUCUUAAGUUGACUGACGCCUUACUCUCUCAAACACACAUGCACGCACGCGCGCGCACACACACACACACACACACACACACACACACACACACACACACACACACACACACACACACACACACACACACACACACACACACACACACACACACAAAGUCUCACAUGGACACAAAAA